AUGCAAAGUCUGCUCGAGUUCUACCUGAAGGAUCUCCCAGCACUGGAAGACUGGCGCUACAGCCCCAAUGAUCACCGGACCCGAGAUGUGGUUCGACGAGCCAUCAUACCCAUGACGGCGGAAGAAGGCUGCGCUUACGCAACCUCCAAGCACAACAGGGAUGGACCUCGGAGGGCCGAGAUCAUGGUCACCCACAACUGGGGUAAUCGUUUUCGAGAUCGCCUGGGUGCCAUCGUUGCAGACGCACUUCAAGAAUGUAGCUCUCACUUUGCAGGGCAGCUCCUGGACCACGAGCCUGAUCUUCUUCGUUCCAUGUUGACCGAGAGUGGUCAAAUGCAAAACGUCUACUGGAUUUGUGCUUUUGCCGUGAACCAGCACGCCAGCAUCUGCCACACAAACCCUUGUGACCGCGACCCUUUCACAGACGAGCUGCAUCCAGUGAACGUACGCGAUCCGGACGGCCGCUGCACUGAGUCCGAAAUCAACAAGUUCGACGACAUGAUGGGAUUCCUGGCAAACACAGGUAAGCAACUCAUUGCCGUGGAUCGUUCCAUGGACCUCUUUCGUCGUGCCUGGUGUGUGGCGGAGAUUGCUGAGGCAAAGCGAUUGCAGAUCAGGCAGUCGCUGAAGCUGGUCUCCAGGAAGACGCUCACAAAUCAAGCCUACCAGCUCCAGAACCUGGACAUCCGGGACAUGCGCGCAGGAUGUGACAAGGACAAGGAGCUCAUCCUAGGCAAGAUCGAGGAUAUCGACAGCUUCAACAGUCAGUUGCGGUCACUGAUUUUUGAUCCCCACUCUGGUUUGCUGGCUUCGUGGGAGCAAAUGGACAGCUUGCAGCAAAUGGGCGAAGUCGGGCGACUCAUUCGCUGGAGUAUGGCAGAUGCUGGCACCGGGAAGGUAUGGAGACUUUGGGACGCUGAGUGA